AUGGAUGGCCUAACAAUUGAUCUUGAUAAACUUAGAAAAGCUAAUAGCGAUUACUACGGUGAGAAUAUAUGGAGGUUACUGAUUGUUAGUGGCUCGUCAGGAGAGAGUGAGAGUGACUCGGACGAGGAAAACUUUUGGAGACAGGGACAGAGUCAAAGCGACUUAAGCGAGAGAAAUAACUCAAAAAACGACGAUGAAUGGGACAAAGGCACAGAACAUUGCGUCGAGGUUCUCAGCUUACUACUCGAGAAUUGCAACCACGACAUUAGUGUUAACGCAAAGGAUAAACAAGGGCUGCCUGCGCUUCAUAUUGGAUCUAUUGCCCGCGACAGUGCUAUUGUCGAGAAGUUGCUCAACGACGUGAGAGACAUUGAGUUUAACGCAAAGAAUUCUUACGUAUGGACCCCAUUGCACAAGGCAGCUUUCUAUCGAUAUCGCAUCGAGACUGUGAAAGCGCUACGUGAAAAUGGAAGAAAUAUAGACUGGAGCCUCAAGGAUGGCAAGCAGCGGACAGCGGUGGAGUUGGCGAAUGGGCACGGCUUACUGAAGAAUAAUCUGGUUGAGCAUGAGAAAUUCGCCGAGUAG